UCGUAAAUGACUAAAUUCAAGUUGUAUGUUUGCUUCUCAGAUACAAUAUUGUCAUAUUUGGAGGAAUCGAUGGCUUUUCUACAAAGAUACUGUACUUAAAUGCAGCGACCAACAACUGUGCUUCAACAAACAGCAUUUCACUUCUUUCUGGAGGCCACUCAACAACAUGGUUUACCCUCAAGGGAGUAGAGAACGUGGACAUCGCCCGGUUUAUGUUCACAGUCCGUGGCAACAAUCGUGGAAGUUUCAUCUCGGGAAAGAGUGUCCACAAUCAAAGGAUAGAGCGGUUAUGGCGAGAUUUGUGGAUCUCUGUAUCAUUCAAGUAUUCCAACCUUCUGUAUUCUCUUGAAGAAAAUGACAUACUGGACAUCUCGUCCAUAGACGACAUAUUCUGUGUCCACUACGCAUUUCUUCCAAAACUCAAAAAAGACUUGGAGAUCUUCACUGAAGGCUGGAACCACCAUCCAAUGCGCACUGAGGGAAACCGAAGUCCGAUGCAGAUGUGGGAAUGUGGACAGAUGUUGAACAACAGUGAUGCUCAUUCUGAGAACAUUGCAGAUCUUCAAGAGCCGGACAUUGAUUGGGAGACUGCGGCUGAUUAUAAUGGCAACGACUCGGAACCUGAAACUGGCAUUGUGGUGCCUGAAUGUGAUUGCCCUCUAACUGAGGAGGAGCUGAAUGAACUCCAAACUCUCAUUGAUCCGACUGACCCAAAUUUGACAAAUGAACAACUAUACAUUGUCUGCCAUGAACAUGUGAAACGACUGCGCAUACAAUGAGUUUGGAGUUCAUUCAUCCCCACUGAGCGAAGACUGAUCCAAAACACAUCUCCAAGGCAUCAUCUCUCUACUUACAUUGAAUCGAACCUAAAUCUCCUGCAUGACAAGUGGGACUCCUACCACUCACCCACCAGUGCUUCCUUAGUAACAUUGAGUUUUACAAUACCUUAGUAACCAUCUCAUAU